AUCAGUCGUCCGUAAUCGAGAGCCAGACGGUAAAAAAGAAGGGAGAGAGAGAGAGACUCCAAACUUUCACAAACGCGUUUUAGGUCAAAACAAAGAGUUAUAGGAAGACUAAAUGUAAAAUUGCCACUGAGUUUACAAACAUGUGACCCGUCUUUAACCAAAGUGAAGUCGAGUUUCGCUUCCCUGAAGAUUUAAGCUACUUAAGACAUGAACAUAAAGAUACAGGACCUCAGGGUGUAAGAGGUGAUCACCAUGGCAACGCAGUUUAGUAUAGAUGAUGCCUUUGUAUUGGAGGGAGAUGAGGAGGGAGCUGUGUCAGACAGUGAGACAGGGGGGUGGAAGGGCAGAGACAAGGACAGAGAAGGAGGGGAGAUGACAUUUGGUCCUCUCACGUUCUCCAACCCUCAGGCUCAUCCCUCACCCGCUGUCCUCGGCUCCCCUGAACACAGUAACCUGAAGUAUCAGAAUCUGGAAAAUGAAGACGCCUUGGGCAACAGUGGCAAUUCCUCUUUCAAUAACUUCUUCAAAAUCAGUGACCCUGCAACUCUGUCUUACUGCAGCUCCCAGUGGUCCUUCAGCACCUUGAGUUCUGUCACACAGCUUUCUGCACACUGCUGCGGGUGUGUUUCCCACCCCUUGGUGAAGAAAAACAGAAGAGUCGUUCUUGCCUCAUUCCUUCUCCUCAUAACUGGAGUUGCUCUUAUUUUUACGGGUGUUGUCAUACAGCUGAAUCCAAAUGCAGAUGUUUCAAGUGCUAUUUUCUUUGUACCUGGAUUUCUUCUCUUCAUCCCUGGAGUGUACCAUGUGAUAUACAUCUGCUGUGCUGUCCAUGGAAGGAGAGGCUUCAAGCUGUUCUACCUACCUUAUUUUGAAAAAUAGCAUCUUAUGAGACACUAGAUCUUCACUGCAUUUCUUUUUUUGCUGUCUUAAAAUGAAUUGUAUUUUGUCACUUGUAACAAAAGCUUAUUGACAGAUGGUUGUUUUUUUUCUUGUCAUUGUAAUGACCACUACUAAUUCAACCACUCAGUGCCUAGACUGUGUUUCCACUACCUGAACUGACAUUGCUGUAUGUGGACAUGAGAAAGAAGGAGACUGGUCAUGCCUGUGUUUUCUAUGUUGUGUGAAUAAUGACUGUGAAAUUGCAAUAAACUUUUGUAUAUUUUAUCAUUGAGUAAGUUUCCCAGUAUGCCUUGCUCAGGUGUGGGUAAAUAAGGAAAAUGCUCAGUACAGAGAUUGUGGCUCCCAUGUAUUGAACUACAUUUAUUUAAUGUACACCUUAGAAUGGAUCGUUCUUCUUGUGCAGUUUGUUGUCAAAACAUUUUACUUAAUUUUUAUUGUCUUGGAUCUGAAUUUGGAUUUUAAUUUACAAAACAUAAGGUUACAGGAGCCAUGCUUGUGUUCUGUGCUUUGACUUGUUUUGUGAUUGUAGCAUAUUUACUUAGGACUGCCGGUGGUGGCCAGCUUUAAAGUUUACAAAAGAGACUAAAACCAGACCAAUGUCCACCAGAUAGUUCAAAUUUGUGCCUUCCAGCCAGCCACAAAAACAUUCACCUACCAUAUUCACCAUAUUGUAUAUUGCCAUCUGCUGGUUAUCUAUUUAGUUACCUCCUAAGCUUGUGAAUAAAAAAAAAAAUAUUAUAUGAAAAUAUUUUAUUGACAUAAUAUAUUGUGACUUGAUAGUUACUGUAUACUGUUCACUGUUAUGUCAUUGUCAUUUAUAUGUUGUCAUACACAAACAAUAAAUGCAUGUA